AUGUCUGUAACACAACCCACUAAAUCUGUCCCCAAAGGAUCCGACUCCUCACCGGUCACCACCGAGGUCCUCACAACACUUCUAGCGACCCUUCAGAAUACCAUACUAGCGGACACAGCUAAGAUCCGCAAAGACAUAAGAGGCCUGUCGGGCAGGUUGGGGACCUUGGAGGGAACCUCCGGGGAACACACCAAGCAAAUCUCCUCCCUACAACGGGAGAUAGACCAACUUCAUCGGCAGCACAAAUCAUAUGACCAACACCUGGCCACAAUGGAAGAAACAAGGCACAAAAACAACGUGAAAAUAAGGGGAACCAAGGAGGACAUACCAAUCGAUGAGUUGCCUCACCUCCUGCCCAUGAGAGAAGGCAGAGCGGUAGGCCUAGAGGAAUCCUUCCGAAUUCCCAAAAGGGAGCCCCAGGGACCUGGUGGUCCACUUCCUGACUGGAAAUGCACCUCACCUUCUAUUCGGAUCUAUCAGGAUACACUCUAG